AGGCGAGCAGAGAGAACGUGGGAGGAAAAAUGAUUCCAGGGAUCUGAGUCAGCAGCUGUUUUCUGUCUCUUCUUCUCCUCAACUUCCGUGGAUCCGCUUCACAUCCUAAACUCUUAUAAUAAACCAUGGACACGGGUGUUUGUGGACCAUAAGGAGCGUCAUUUGGAGGGGGUGAAGAUAAGCAGAAGACACCGUGAAGAGGACCAUUUUGUGUCGCAAAGUUAUCGUUUCUCCCGAGGCAUCAUGUCUGUCAGAGUUUCAUCCAGGAGUGCUUUCCCUCCGGUUCGACGGGACCGAGUCAUCGCUCAGCUCCCACAGUCUUUCAGGAAAGAGGCGGCUCUCCACAUUGAGGAAGAUUUCAGCAGUAAAGUGAGGACGGCCUGUCAGGAGCAGCGAACCGGCACUGUGGGAUUUAAAAUCUCCAAGGUCAUCGUUGUGGGCGAUCUGGCUGUGGGAAAAACCUGCUUGAUCAACAGGUUCUGUAAGGACGCCUUUGAUAAGAACUACAAGGCAACGAUCGGCGUCGACUUUGAGAUGGAGCGCUUCGAGGUGCUCGGCGUUCCGUUCAGCCUGCAGCUGUGGGACACUGCAGGACAAGAGAGGUUCAAGUGCAUCGCGUCAACGUAUUACAGAGGAGCUCAAGUGGUGAUAAUCGUGUUUGAUCUGAACGACAUCGCCUCUUUGGGCCAUGCGAGGCAAUGGCUGGAGGACGCGUUGAAGGAGAACGACCCCACCAGUGUUCAGCUGUUCCUUGUCGGCACAAAGAAGGACCUGAGUUCUCCUGCUCAGUAUUCUCGGAUCGAACAAGACGCCCUAAAAUUUGCGAGUGAGAUCUGUGCCGAGUUUUGGGCCGUUUCUUCUCUGACAGGGGAAAACGUGACAGAGUUUUUCUUCAGAGUUGCCGCUCUGGCUUUUGAGACAAACGUUCUCGCCGAGUUGGAGAAAAGUGGAACGAGGCAAAUCGGAGAUGUCGUCAGAAUUAACAGCACGUCCAGCGACCCGUUAGCAGCGUCCAAGAAGAAACCGUCCAGCUGCUGUCAGUGAGUCCAGACGGAGACUCAGGCUGCCGUCCGGCUCAGAUCUCUGACGUGUUUUGGGUCCGUUUUUCCUGGCCAGUGAAGAUCUCCUGAGAGGAACCAGUCUGGUUUACUUCAUGAGUUAGUUAAUGCUGCCAAAAACACAUAUAAAGACUCUAAUUAGCCUUUAGCUUAGAUUUUAUCCAUAGUUUUGCUGCUGUAGAUUUUCUUCUUUUGAUAUUUUAGUUGUGUUAAAGAACUUUUUGUACUUUAAACUCAUAAAUGUGUCCAGUUCUGACAAAAUAAGUCACAAUGAGGACAUUUUCGUACUGAUGUAUUAAUAUUUAUAAAUUCUCCAUCUGAAAAACAUUAGAUUGACAGUUUUAAAACUGAAUUCUUAUUGGUUUAUGAUGAUGUCAUUUGGUUAGUUAAGCCAAACUUUAUACAAAGGGAUUUCCCAGCAGUACUGGAAAUGUUCAAUUUUAAAAGGAAAUCACAGGUUAGAAGGGAUUAUUUCUGAAGACAUACAUUCUGUUUUACUUAGUAGGAUCACCAAGAUGGUGUCUUU